GCCGUCGUCCACCCGCGAGCCGGAGGCAGGAUUCACAGAUGGAUUCAGAAGAUAAGACAACAAAUAAAGGUGAACAAAAAUCAAGCAGAAAGUUUUUAAAAAGCCUCAUCCGGAAGCAGCCCCAGGAGCUGCUGCUGGUCAUCGGGACUGGCGUCAGCGCGGCCGUGGCCCCAGGCAUCCCCGCCCUGUGCUCCUGGCGCAGCUGCAUAGAGGCUGUCAUCGAGGCUGCAGAGCAGCUGGAGGUGCUGCACCCCGGGGAUGUCGCCGAGUUCCGGAGGAAGGUGAUGAAGGACCGGGACCUGCUGGUCGUGGCCCACGAUCUCAUCCGGAAGAUGUCACCUCGCACAGGCGACACCAAGCCCAACUUCUUCCAGGACUGCCUGAUGGAGGUGUUUGACAGCCUGGAGCAGCACAUCCAGAACCCCCUGGUGCUGCAGUCCAUCCUCGGCCUCAUGGACAAGGGCACCAUGGUGCUCACCACCAACUACGACAACCUGCUGGAGCUCUUCGGGCAGCAGCAGAACAGGCCCAUGGAGUCGCUGGACCUGAAGGACAAGACGAAGGUCCUCCAGUGGGCGAGAGGCCACAUCAAGUACGGAGUUCUCCACAUCCACGGCUUAUACACUGACCCCUGCGGGAUGGUGCUGGACCCGUCAGGAUACAAGGACGUCACACAGGACCCCGAAGUCAUGGAAGUCCUGCAGAACCUGUACCGCACCAAGUCCUUCCUGUUCGUGGGCUGCGGAGAGACCCUGCGCGACCAGAUCUUCCAGGCCCUCUUCCUGUACUCGGUGCCGAACAAGGUGGACUUGGAGCACUACAUGGUGGUGCUCAAGGACAACGAGGACCACUUCUACAAGCACCAGGCCGACAUGCUCCUGCACGGGAUUAAAGUCGUGUCCUAUGGCGACCGCUUUGACCUCUUCCCCGGAUAUGUGCAGGAUCUCACCACUCAGAUCUGCAAGCAGCGGAGCCCAGACGCGGAGCGAGUGGACAGCACCACGUUCCUGGGAAAUGCAUGUCAGGACUGUGCAAAGAGGAAAAUGGAAGAGAAUGGAAUGGAAACUCCCAAAAAACUCAGACAACCAGAUACGGACGAUGCUGGAGGGUCUUGAUCUUUAAGACCAGUUAAACCCUGCAGUUUGAGAACCAGCCCUCUGUAACCAGUGCCAUGCCUAAGCAGCGAGGAGCGUGCCGAGGCCUGCACCCGGAUCUCAGCCCCAAGCCGUCACGUGCCCCCAGAGCCGCAUGGAUGUGUGGCCUUCAAGGCCGGGUAUAGAGCUCUGUGUGCUUAUCUGCUGGGAGGUGACACGGACACACUUCAGGAACACUGUAAGGACUGAUGAACAGCUACCUCAGGGACCAACAUGUGGGAAGGGAUGUGCCUGGCGUCUAGUUCCAUUUGACCUGCUCUCUGCAUCAGGGUAUUUCUGCUGAUACGGGGGAGACAAGAUCGUCCAAACAACAGUCGUUGCCAAAGAGAAAGAACUGCACACAGGCACCUAUAUUUGAUGAAUUUUUAUGUGGAAACACCUGUUACUAAAGAAAGCAUUUUAAACCUGUUUGUUACAUUGGUAAUAGUAAAGAGGCACUGAAUCUACUAGUGAAAAUGGUUUUUAGCAGAAUGACACAGUCAGUAGGGCUCCGGAGUCACAUCGUCCAGUAACCGUGCUCCGAAGGGAAGGCAGGCCUGGCACCGCUGAGCUGCCAGCGUCCAGAGCCGGGGCCUCUGAGGCAGCCGUCAGUGCUGAGCACUUGCACCGUAGGGCUGAGCCCGGGGAAGUUCCAAAUGGAGUGUCAGUUCCGAGCUCUGUGAGUCUUCAUUUUCUAGGCCAAGGUCCCAGCUUCUGUCCUCUCAACUUUUCCCCUGUGCCUCAAGCCAAAGGGAUUUCCGCAGAGGGAGGUAGGUAAGCCCGGUAAAGGGCCUGCUGGCCCGAGGCAUCUUCGGGGCUCACCACGGGCGGCAGCUGUGCUGGGUGCUGUGCGUGUGCGGGGAGGCCCCUGCCGGAGACCAGGCGGAGGCACAGUGAGGCCCUUCCUCUGAGCUCAGCCCUGCGCGCCUCCGUGGUUGUGCAGCACCUCCCUGGCACAGUCCCCACUGGCCCCGGGCAAGGGAAGAACAACAAACAGAGGUCAGCCGGGAUAGGGCUGAGACGAGAAGACACACACCGGAGACAUUUCUUCCCCUUUUGAAGCAUGGAAACAAAUCUGUGUCACACUGGUCAUGAAUAAAAUUUUAUUGGCAACCC